AUGAUUUCUAAAUUAUUACUAUUCUCGCUUUUGGGUUGUUGUUUAUCAGUAACAAUAACCUCAACUAUUGAUACCUAUGAAACUCCUGAUUUGGUCGCCACUGUUGCUGCUGAUACUCAUGAAACUGCUGCUCCUCAACCUGAAGCUACUGACUUAAUUGACCUUUAUAAGGAUUCUUGUGUUCUUAGUUUUUGGGAUGGAUCUGAAUUAUUUUACUAUACCUUUUUUAAGUGUCCUGAAGUUACCACUACAGUUCCAGAAGGAUGUACAGAACUUGACCUGAGAACCUAUUGUCCACCUAAAGAAUUCUGCUCCAUUGAAUACCGUGAUACUAAUCAGGACCAUCCUGUAUUUGCUUGCAAUACAAGAGAUUGCCAUCAAGUGUACACAUUUAAUCCUUUGUCGGGACCAAGUUAUGUCUGUACUCAUAGAGAUCCAACUAUGUGUUAUGUGACUAUCACUAGUACAUCGUUGUCCGGGCGGUCAUACACAACUGUUGUUCCAACUGAAUGUGGCGAUGAUAAUGAACCUGUUGAACCAACUCCUUGUACUAAAACCUUCAGUCAUGAAGAUCUUACAACUACCAUCACAUUUGAAAAAUGUCCACUGGGUGAAAUCACACCUCCACCUAAUUUAACAAUUGAAAAUACAAUUGGUUGCACCACCUACCAGAAUGAAACAUAUUGUCCUGAUAAUUGUAUUCUUAUGGGAACAGUUGUUAAUUAUUAUGGUACUAUAUAUAAUUAUGUCUACAGUGUCUGUGAUGCUGGUGAUUGUGAAUUUGUAACUAGUGAUACACCAAGAUAUAGUUGUCCUGGUGAUUCUUAUCCACCUGGUGAAUCUACUGCUUGUACCAAAACAUUCAGUGAUGGUGAGUACACAACCACUAUCACAUUUGAUCAUUGUCCACUGGGAACUAUAACUCCACCACCUCAUUUGACUAUUCCACCUGUUAUUGGCUGUACUACCUAUGAAGACAAAACUUACUGUCCCGAAAAUUGUGUCUUAUCUGGUACUGUAUUUGAGUACUAUGGUACUAUGCAUAACUACAUCUAUAGUGUUUGUGAUACAAGGGGUUGUGAAUUUGUUACAAGUGAUACACCAUCAUUCAGUUGUUCUGCCACACCAGGUGAGCCUGGCGAGAAUGGAGAGCAAGGAGAGCAAGGAGAGCAAGGAGAGCAAGGUGAACAUGGUGAACAUGGAGAGCAAGGUGAACAUGGUGAACAUGGAGAGCAAGGUGAACAUGGUGAACAUGGUAAAUCAACUCCAUGUACCAAAACAUUUGUUGACGGUGAUCAUUCUACCACUAUAUCAUUCCAUAAUUGUCCACUGGGUACUAUAACCCCACCUCCAGAUUUUGGUCAUUCGUUGACUGUUGGAUGUACUACUUCUGAUGAUGAAACUAUUUGUCCUACACCUUGUAUUGCAGCUGGUUCUCAAGUGGAUUAUUACGGUACUCCAUAUAAUUACGUAUACAUGGUUUGUGGAACUGAUUAUGGGAAGUCUUCCUGUCUGUCUACUACUACAAGAAAAUGCUAUACGUAUACUUACACAUUGAUGGAAGCUACUACUUAUGUGACAGUUGUUUCAGAUUGA